AACAUCAUACUGGAAAACAGACGCAAAUAAAAAAAAAAAAAGGGCAACUGCCAUUGUUAUUCAUCUUGCUCCGAUACGAAAUUUAGGGUUUUGAGCACACCGAGAUUUGGAAGCUGAAGCUUCUUCAACUUAUUAGCUUCGAGUUUGCUUCAGUUUUUGUUCUGUUAGAAAGCUAUUGCAUCAAUCAGCAACAACAGAGUCCAUUUGAUCUCUUACGCCUACUAUAUGAUGAGUCUGAUGGCAGAUUCUCCCGUCCACUCAUCAAGCAGCGAUGAUUUUGCAGCAUUUCUCGAUGCAGAGUUGGACUCUGCUUCUGAUGUAUCACCUGAGCUAGACGAAGUAGAAAAUGGAGAAGCAGAGGUAGAGGUAGAGUUGGAAGAUGAGAAAGGGAAAGAUGAAGACAACGACACUGGUGAUGGUGAUGAUGGCAACAUAGAUUCGAGAAGGUCAAAGAAGCGUAAAAUUGAGUUGAUUGAAGCUGCAGUUGAUCCACAGAGUUUAGUGUCUCGUGGAGAAUCAGCAGAAACUUCAGGAGCAUCUUUGGCCCUGGAUGUAUGCACUCAUCCCGGUGUCAUGGGAGGGAUGUGUAUACGGUGUGGGCAGAAGGUGGAAGAUGAAUCUGGUGUUGCUUUUGGAUACAUACACAAGAAUUUGAGGCUUGCAGAUGAUGAAGUUGCUCGAUUGCGUGAAAAGGACCUGAAAAAUUUACUGCGGCACAGAAAGCUGAUCUUGGUUCUAGAUUUAGACCACACACUUCUGAACUCAACUAGACUUGCAGAUAUUUCUGCAGAAGAAUCAUACUUGAAGGACCAACGAGAAGUACUGCCUGAUGCUUUAAGAAGCAACCUUUUCAAAUUGGACUGGAUACACAUGAUGACAAAGCUGAGGCCAUUUGUCCACACCUUCCUGAAAGAAGCCAGUAGUUUGUUCGAGAUGUACAUUUAUACAAUGGGCGAACGUCCUUAUGCGUUGGAAAUGGCAAAGUUACUUGACCCUGGAGGUAUCUACUUCCAUUCUAGAGUGAUUGCUCAAUCAGACUCCACUCGGAGACAUCAAAAGGGUCUCGAUGUCGUUUUGGGCCAAGAAAGUGCUGUUCUGAUCCUUGAUGAUACUGAAGUGGUAUGGGGGAAGCACAGGGAAAAUCUUAUACUGAUGGACAGAUAUCAUUUCUUUACCUCAAGUUGUCGACAAUUCGGUUUGAAAUGUAAAUCACUUUCUGAACAGAAAAGUGAUGAAAAUGAAGCUGAGGGAGCGCUUGCCUCUGUCCUAGAAGUACUGCAAAGGAUCCACAGACUAUUCUUCGACCCGGAACGUGGGGACAAUAUUAUGGAGCGGGAUGUUAGGCAGGUGCUGAAAACUGUUCGUAAGGAAAUACUGAAGGGCUGUAAAAUCGUCUUCACUGGUGUAAUUCCCAUACAAUGCCAACCAGAAAACCACUACUACUGGAAAUUGGCUGAGAAAUUAGGAGCUACAUUCUCCACAGAAGUUGAUGAAUCGGUGACACAUGUGGUCUCCAUGAAUGACAAGACUGAAAAGUCACGUCAGGCAGUGCGGGAGAAGAAGUUUUUGGUCCAUCCAAGAUGGAUUGAAGCUGCUAACUACUUGUGGCGAAAGCCUCCUGAAGAGAACUUCCCAGUCAGUUCAUGUAUUAUGCAGGCUGAUCAGACGGUGUUAUGUUUGAGACCAGGUGGUGGUAACAGAGGUGGUGGAAGCAGAGUGCUCGGCCCUCGUUUUGAACCUUCCUCGACUAACUCAGAUCUCCCUUUGCGUCGUCCACAUGGCGGUUCUUCAUCUUUCAAGAUGAGUCUGACGGCAGAUUCUCCCGUCCACUCAUCAAGCAGCGAUGAGUUUGCAGCAUUUCUUGAUGCAGAGUUGGACUCUGCUUCUGAUGUAGACGAAGUAGAAAGUGGAGAAGCAGAGGGAGAGGAAGAGGUGGAAGAUGAAGACAACGACACUGGUGAUGGUGAUGGCAGCAUAGAUUCUAGCAGGUCAAAGAAGCGUAAAAUUGAGUUGAUUGAAGGUGCAGUUGAUCCACAGAGUUCAGUGUCUCGUGGAGAACCAGCAGAAACUUCAGGAGCAUCUAUGGCGCUGGAUGUAUGCACUCAUCCCGGUGUCAUGGGAGGGAUGUGUAUACGGUGUGGGCAGAAGGUGGAAGAUGAAUCGGGUGUGGCUUUUGGAUACAUACACAAGAAUUUGAGGCUUGCAGAUGAUGAAGUUGCUCGAUUGCGUGAAAAGGACCUGAAAAAUUUACUACGGCACAGAAAGCUGAUCUUGGUUCUAGAUUUAGACCACACACUUCUGAACUCAACUAGACUUGCAGAUAUUUCUGCAGAAGAAUCAUACUUGAAGGACCAACGAGAAGUACUGCCUGAUGCUUUAAGAAGCAACCUUUUCAAAUUGGACUGGAUACACAUGAUGACAAAGCUGAGGCCAUUUGUCCACACCUUCCUGAAAGAAGCCAGUAGUUUGUUCGAGAUGUACAUUUAUACAAUGGGCGAACGUCCUUAUGCGUUGGAAAUGGCAAAGUUACUUGACCCUGGAGGUAUCUACUUCCAUUCUAGAGUGAUUGCUCAAUCAGACUCCACUCGGAGACAUCAAAAGGGUCUCGAUGUCGUUUUGGGCCAAGAAAGUGCUGUUCUGAUCCUUGAUGAUACUGAAGUGGUAUGGGGGAAGCACAGGGAAAAUCUUAUACUGAUGGACAGAUAUCAUUUCUUUACCUCAAGUUGUCGACAAUUCGGUUUGAAAUGUAAAUCACUUUCUGAACAGAAAAGUGAUGAAAAUGAAGCUGAGGGAGCGCUUGCCUCUGUCCUAGAAGUACUGCAAAGGAUCCACAGACUAUUCUUUGACCCGGAACGUGGGGACAAUAUUAUGGAGCGGGAUGUUAGGCAGGUGCUGAAAACUGUUCGGAAGGAAAUACUGAAGGGCUGUAAAAUCGUCUUCACUGGUGUAAUUCCCAUACAAUGCCAACCAGAAAACCACUACUACUGGAAAUUGGCUGAGAAAUUAGGAGCUACAUUCUCCACAGAAGUCGAUGAAUCGGUGACACAUGUGGUCUCCAUGAAUGACAAGACUGAAAAGUCACGUCAGGCAGUGCGGGAGAAGAAGUUUUUGGUCCAUCCAAGAUGGAUUGAAGCUGCUAACUACUUGUGGCGAAAGCCGCCUGAAGAGAACUUCCCAGUCAGUUCAUAACUAAGCUAACUUGACUUAGUUGUAAAUUCUAGUAGAAUGCUUCUGGUUUCAUUAACCAACAGAUGAAGAAAAAUAGUUCGCGCCCGAGGGAAUCAAACCAAACUCUGGCUAGCCGUUUUCACAGAUCUCUUGAAUUUUGUCAACCAAAUUCAUGUGAUUGUGUGGCAUUCUGGAUGCUGAUUUUGCUAGUUACUUGUGAUUGGUUCUAAGCCAUCCGCACUUUAAUGUGUUGGGCUAUGAAGGAGUUAGCAAGCCUCCUAAUAGCCUAUUUAUUUUUUCGAGAAACAGCCAUUCACGUCAGGAAUGGAGGUUAUGAAGGAUUAACUUAUUUACUCAUGACAACCUUUUAGCCUCUCAAUGACUUAUAACUCUAGUAUCUUGGCUCAACGAUAUCGAGACCAAUUCAGAAUGUUGAUUGAAUGUAGUGCCUUUGUAUCUUU